GAAGCGUGCGCGCGGAUGCUCAGCGAUGCCCGGAACUCGGUCGGCUCGUGCGGUCGGAGCCCAUCGCGCGCACGCGGACCCCCGGCGGACUGAACUUCAUCGUGAAGCAAAAAUUGGCUCGACGGGAUGAGCUCAUCGAUGACGCUCGUGCUUUGAGCGUCGCGCGGCCAAGCCGCCGCAUAAGGCCGCGUAGGUAGCACCACCACCACCACCGCCAGCGCAUAAAUAAACGAUGUGCACGACGACGGAACCGGCCGGCCAAGUGGAGGCGCCGCGCGAGCGGCGUCCCGUCGACGCCAAGCCCGAGACCUACGUCUUCAUCCUGCCCGUGCUCUUCGUCGAGUUCCUGGCCAUCGCCGUGACCAAGUCGCUGCUGCCGGCGCGGCUCAACGACUUCUUCGGCGAGGAGGUCUACAUGGUCAUCGGCGUCGCGGAGACGGUCAAGGGCAUCUUCGCCUUCGUCGCGUGCCCCCUCUUCGGGCGGCUGAGCGACGUCGUCGGGCGCACGUCGUGCCUGCUGGUGACGGUCGUCGGGACGACCGCGCCGUGCUGGAUCCUCGCGUUCACGGACAAUCUGUGGGCGUACGUCUGCGCGCUGGGCCUCAGCGGCCUCUUCGCGUCGACGUUCACGCUGGUCUUCGCCUACAUCGCCGACGUCGUCGAGGCGACGCGGCGCGCGCCGGCCUACGGGGCGGCGCUGGCGACUUUGGGGUUAUCGUUCACCGUCGGGCCCGUGCUCGGCGCGUUCGCCGCGCGGCGCGUGGGCGACCGGCGCGUGUUCCUCGUGGCGCUGGCCCUGGCGAUCCUGGACGUGCUGAUCAUCGGCCUAGCGUUACCGGAGAGCAACGAGGGCGCGCUGCGGCGGCGGGGCCACGAGGACCCGUCGACCUUACGCUUCUUCCGCGAG